AUGAAUAUCCUGUCACCGCUCUUCCCCGCGCAGUUCCUCUCGCCAAAUGCGGACACUACGCUCACGCUCCCCGACAAACCGAACGCGUCAUCCGGGUCUGUGUCGCUCUAUGUGGUGCUUGCAGAGUCAAUGCUCUUUGUGCAAGGCUUUGAGCCCCAUGAGCAAAUGGACCGUCCACCGACAGUGCUCCGCGGCGCUCUUGUGCUCCGCGUGACCAAGCCGGUGCGUGUGCGCACGCUCACACUCGCGCUCAAGGGUGUGCUCGAAACCGACUGGCCCGAGGGCAUCCCGCCCAAGAAGACAGAGUAUUCCGAGGCGUCCACACUCGUGGCGCACACGUGGCCGUUCUACGCGGGAGACCCGGAUCACGGUGCCAGCGCCCGCACCUCCAGCCCCGGCCCCGACACAGCGCUGGUAGUCCUGAACACAAACAUCGCUGGCACGUUCCAGCCGGGCGAGUACAUAUACAACUUUGAACACGCACUUCCAGCGAGUACGCCCGAAACAACGUCCGGAACGUACGGCCGCGUGCGGUACCACCUCGAGACAGACCUCGAGCGCAGCGGGCUCCUCGCGACAAGCCUCCACGCGCGCGUGCCGCUCACAGUCGUGCGGCUGCCACUUGACGAGUCACUUGGUGAGACGGAGCCCAUCCACAUUGCGCGCGAGUGGGAUGACCAACUCGCGUACGACAUCGUGGUGGCGGCCAAAACCGUCACCCUUAACACGUUCCUCCCCAUCGCGUUCAAGUUCACGCCGCUUGACAAGCACGUAGAGCUCUUGCGCAUCCGCGUGUAUGUUACUGAAAGCAUGGAGUACUAUUGCCGUAACGACAAGGUGCACCGGCUGGAACCUACGCGCAAAUAUCUCCUCAGCGAGCACAAGUCGCCUACCAGUCUCCUUGCAGACGACAGUGGCACCGGCGUGUGCGAGAAGGAGAUGGAGUUCCAGGUGUACGUGCCCGAGAAGCUUACAGAGCGGUGCCACCUCCACCCCAAUACGUCCUUCAAGCGCAUUCAGGCGCACCACUGGCUCAAGAUCUGCUUGCGGCUCGCGCGCCGCAACCCGGAUGGUACCGCAAAACAGAAGCACUACGAGAUCUCCAUCGACUCACCCAUCAACCUCCUUCUGCCGCACUGUGCGCACGUCAACACGCUCCUCCCGGCGUAUGAAUGGCCGGAGAUGGAUGCCUGGCCGCAGGACCUGCCGCUCUCGCCGCAUCCAGUAGAUCUCCACCUCCAGGCGAACCUCUACGCGCCGAAGGACGUGCCUCUCGAGUUACAGGGCCUCCAGGCUCACGGCUCGCGUGUUGCAUCGCCGCUCGCGCGCCCCAUCCACCUCAUUCGCCGGCCCUCCGUCAACCCACCGACCUUU